UUAGACGCGCCAAAAGUGAUAGCUUCAGAAUGUAAACAAGUUCUCUCUAGUCUUCCUUUUUCUCUUAUCAAUUUUUAGUUUAUUUUUUAUAUUUAUUUUUUGAAACUUAUCUAAUUAAUUAUGGACGAUGACAUUGACAGAUUCCUCAGUGACAAUAACUAUUUUCAGGACAAAAUGACCUCAACUAGCUCAUCUAAAAUCUUUCCAGUUGUGGUUCAAUUUGAUUUUGGACAAAGCCAUCAGUAUCAAUCACUAUACGGUCACUUAAUUACUGAACCUAUUAAGGUUCUAAAAGCAAUCCAAUUCAAGCUGUGCUUUGCUCUUAGACAAAAUGGAAAGCUACCUCGAGACUCUUUUUCUCUGGUCGUUUUUGUGCCUCUAAAUUUACCUACUAUUGAAAGUGCCAUAAUCGACAGCAACAGAGACUUAUAUCUGAGAACUGGACCGAAAGUCAACAGGUUGACCAAGAUGAGAGACUUUCAAAUCAUUUCUAUGUCAGAAAUUAAUAGCUUCACUCUGGCUACCCUUUACUACUGCAAGUGCAAUAAAAAGAUGCUUUACAACUACACAAUUGAUGGUCCACUCAAAAAAGAUGUAAAAUGUAGAGGUUGUGUCAAUCCAAUGGAAGAAAUAAUAUCUGAAAGGAUUGUUGUUAAACGACGUUCUGUAUUAAUGCAAAAAAAGGCAAAUGAUAAUCCAAGAUUAACUCCAAUGUUGGUUAAUUUUCUGUCCAUAGGAGACACUAAUUAUGAUAAAUUAAGAUUAGGAGCUCAUUUGUCACAAAUUGAUGGUCUGUCGUGUGAAUAUGAAAAUGGAUAUGGAUCAUGGUUACGAGGAUUAGAGGCUUUGAGCUAUCAAAUGAGUACAACUUUACUCAGCACUAGUCAUGAACUAUCUUUAGUUACAGUUUCUGACAAUUUGCAAACUUUAAUUCAAACUUCAAAUGAAAUUUCUCCCUUUGCAUUGGCAUUGAGAAUUUGUGAUCUAUUCGGUAGAGAAGUGGUCGGAGAUGGACAAUUUGCUCUCAAAGUUGGUGUAAUAAUUUCAAUUUUGAAUCAACAUGGGACUGAGUCUCAAGAGAAAUCGUUUCUAGCUAUUGGUAAUGACGCUGGCUUAAUUCGUAGUUUCAUGCAAUACUCUGCCAAAUUUGUCCAAAGAGUAUUGACAUAUUCAACAACAAUUCCAAUAUCAGCAUUACCAAGAAAAAAAGACAGCUGGAUUGAUAGUGGUUUCUUGCAGCUGGCAUCUGAUGGAGUUGGUAUCAUCAGUCUUGAUAAAGUUUCAGUUAGAGAUGAAUGUCACAUAAUCAACGUCUUGACUAAUAAUCGAGUAAAAAUCAGAAACACAGAGGAAAAGUAUGACUCAAUUAAAGAGAUGGAAACAAAUAUUGCUAUUUGGGGAUACGAAACAGAUGAUAACAUUGAAAUUCGAGUUAAAACUAAAUCAUCCUCGCUGAUUACUACUUUCCCAUUGAUCUAUGAAGCUGAAGGUGAUUUACUGUCACAAAAAGAAACAAAUUUAACUCAAGAAGAUUGGAAACAAUUUUUCAACUCAUUACAUUCGUACAAACCCAAAUUAACAUCAGAAGCAGAGGAAAUGUUACAGAGUUAUUUCCUUGCUGUCAGACAGGAUCGUGAAUGGAGAGCAGAUACAAAUGCAUUUCCGUUACUUUUAUCGGUUGCGACGGUUUUCGCAAAACUUUCCUGUAGAAGUCAUGUUCUUACUUGUGAUGCUGCCCUUGCCAUCAUGGUUUAUGAGAAAAGUUUGCAAAUCAAAUUUGGCAGCGGUGGAUUGAGAUUGCCAAAUGUAGCCAAAGACAAAAAUAGACUUAUCGGUCCAGGGGCUGUUGAGGUAUUGGAACGUUACAAGAAACUUAUUACUGACUAUAUUGAAUACUGUGGCGUUGAAAGCUUAGAUAAUCAAUUGGAAGAGUGAACAUUUCAAGGAAAAGUCAAUCAAUUGCAGAUAAAAAUAUCAUCUCAAGUCAAAAAUUGGACAACACAAACAAUAGAUCAUCAAUUUUUUCUUCUUCUUACUAUUCAACUCGUUUUCAUUUUGCAAUUUCAAAUUUUACCAAUUAAUAGUUUUAUUUAAAUCAAUAAUACCGAUAGAUUAAUUUUUUACAACUAGACGAUAAAACUAAUGUUACAUGAAAUAAUUUAUUUCUAGAUGAUAAAAUUAAACGAGCUAAUUCAGCAAUCCA